CUUUGACGUAGGCUACGACAAACACAGAGGACAAAUACAACCUUAAAUUGCGAAUGAAUGAAACUUUCUGAUAGGAAUCUGCUACAAAAGUAGAAAAAUGGCGUUUUGUUGUGCCAUUUCCAAUGAGGUGCCAGAGCAUCCUGUUGUAUCACCAUCAUCAGGAGCGGUAUUUGAAAAACGUAUAAUAGAAAAAUAUAUUCAAGAAAAUGGUGUUGAUCCUAUUAGCGGCAAAGAAAUCAGUGCUGAUGACUUGAUCGAAAUUAAAACACCACCAAUUGUUAAGCCAAAACCUCCAAGUGCUACCAGCAUUCCUGCAACACUUAAAUUAUUGCAAGAUGAAUGGGAUGCUGUUAUGCUGUAUAGUUUCACCCAAAGACAGCAGUUACAAACCGCUAGACAAGAGCUCAGUCAUGCUUUAUAUCAGCAUGAUUCAGCUUGUCGAGUUAUUUCCAGGUUGAAUAAAGAAGUCACUGCUGCUCGUGAAGCCUUAGCAACAUUAAAACCACAAGCGGGCAUAUCAACUGUACCUCAACCUGCACUUGCUGCUGAAGCUGCUGGAAUAGCUAAUCAACCAACAGAACAAGCUGGUAUGAGUGAAGAUAUUAUCAAGAAAUUACAAGACAAGGCAACAGUCUUAACUCAAGAAAGAAAGAAGAGAGGUAGAACGGUUCCUGAGGAUCUUUCAACCCAAGAACAAAUAAGAUCUUUCAAAACAUUAGCUUCUCAUCCAGGUCUGCAUUCAGCUAGUGUUCCUGGAAUUUUAGCUCUAGAUAUACAUAGCCAAGAUACAAGUAAAAUUUUAACAGGAGGUAACGACAGAAAUGCAACAGUAUUUAAUAAGGAUACUGAGCAAGUUAUUGCAAUUCUCAAGGGACAUACAAAGAAAGUGACAAAUGUAAUUUAUCAUCCCGAUGAGGACUUGGUAAUAACAGCUUCUCCUGAUGCAACAAUACGUAUAUGGAAUGUUCCAACAAGUCAAACAACCCUUCUGCUCAAGGUUCACGAUGGCCCAGUAACAGGUCUUUCUCUCCAUCCUGCUGGAGAUUAUAUUAUUUCCACUUCUGAAGAUCAAACGUGGGCAUUCUCAGACAUUAGAUCUGGUCGUCUACUCACCAGAGUUCAAGACGAAAAUAAUGUUGCAUUGACUACUGCACAGUUACAUCCCGAUGGUCUCAUCUUCGGAACUGGUGGGGUAGAUUCCAUUGUUAAAAUUUGGGAUUUGAAAGGACAGAAUAAUGUUGCACAAUUCACAGGACAUUUGGGUGCCAUAACUACAAUGGCCUUCUCAGAAAAUGGUUAUUACUUAGCGACUGCUGCAGAUGACGCAAGUAUCAAAUUAUGGGAUUUGAGAAAAUUGAAGAAUUUCAAGAGUAUUCAGUUAGAAGAAGGAUACCAAAUUAAAGAUUUGUGUUUUGAUCAGAGUGGUACAUACUUAGCAGCAGCAGGUAGCGACGUAAGAGUCUUUCUGAGCAAACAAUGGCAAGAGCUCAAAGUAUUCAACGAUCAUACAGCGGCUGCCACUGGUGUAAGAUUCGGAAAGAACGCCAGGUUCCUUGCAUCAACUUCCAUGGACAGAACAUUGAAAUUAUAUGGGUUAGAUUAAGACACUAUCAAUUAUAAAUUGAUUUUAUUUUAUAUUCAGAAAAAAAUGAUUUGAGUUUUAAAAAUAUUUUGUUUCUUAUUGCCGAUUCUUCUUCGCAUACUCACUAUAAUGAUGGUUAGCUAUAACAUGUAGUACUGAUGUUGAUUUUACAGUUGCCAUCGAGAGCGCAUUUUUAUAACAUUUCAAUAGAGAUUCGUCUUCUUCAAGUGGUUGUAAAUAGUUAUCCAAAGAUGUCAUAAGCUGAAACAAAUAUUGUAAUACUUAAAUUUUUUUGAAAUGGAAGUGAAUGCAGCAGAAUUAGGUUUUUUUUUGGAAAUAUAACGUUACUAUUUAAACCAUUAAAUACAGAAUACUGGACAAUUAAUUGUUAAUUAUGCCUUCUUAAUUUGAUUUGACACGUAAUCUAUCCAUAUCAAAUUAAUUAAGGUAUGGUAAAUUAGAAAUGUAUUCCUUUAGUUAAUCUAAUCGCUCAAGUCUGCAUCAACAUUUCCUCUUUAUUUGUAGUGUAUGUUCGAAAAUAUAUUUAUAAGUGAUGGAA